AUGACAAGUGAAACAGUUGUUGAUGAAAAUCGAGACAAUCCUGAAGAUGGGCCUUUAGGAUUACUCUCAGAAUGUGUUAAAGACAAUGCGCAGGUUUUAAUAAACUGUCGAAAUAAUAGGAAGCUAUUGGGGAGAGUUAAGGCUUUCGAUAGGCACUGCAAUUUACUUUUAACGGAAGUUCGAGAAAUAUGGGUUGAAGUUGUCAAAGAUAAAAAAAAAAAAAAAAAAAUAAAUAAAGAUAGAUAUAUUAGUAUACUAUUUUUACGAGGUGAUUCAGUUAUUUUAAUUUUAAGAAAUCCAAAGUAA